AUAAAGACUCCAGUGAAAAAAUCGAAGUGAUCAGGCAUGGAGGCAGAAUGGACAAGGAACUACAGAUGCAACUAGAAAGUCAUGAGAGAAGCCAGUCAAAUAGUUGGAAUCAGGAAAACCCAUCUUCCAUGGAUGCCGAGACGCAAGGCUUUCUUGCCCAACAAGGAAAAAUAAAGAAAAAGUAUAUGGGAAAAAAUGUAAGACUGUUAAAAGACAAAUUAGUGGAAAAUGAACACUCUCCAACCCAAACCAAAGGAGAAGAUCAUAUAUUCAGAGACAAUGGAAAAAAUCACAAUUGGACUUUCACUCUUUCCUGUGAAAAUGGGUCUCUUACAUCUCAUAAAAGGAUCCACACAGUGGGAAAGCCAUAUAAAUGUUUGAAAUCUGGAAAGAUUUUUAGAACAAGCCGUCAGGUUACCUCAAAUGAAAGGAUCCAAACAGGGGAGGAACCACAUGAAUGCAUGGAGUGUGGAAAGAGCUUCAGGACAAGCAGUCAACUUAUUGCCCAUAAACGGAUCCACACAGGGGAGAAGCCACAUAAAUGCAUGGAGUGUGGAAAGAGCUUCAGUCGUCCUUAUUCCCUUACUUCCCAUAAAAGGAUCCACACAGGGGAGAAGCCAUAUAAGUGCAUGGAGUGUGGAAAGACCUUUAUUACUAGCAGUCAUCUUAAUUCUCAUAAUAGGAUUCACACAGGGGAGAAACCAUAUAAAUGCAUGGAGUGUGGAAAGAGCUUCAGUCAUAGUUAUUCCCUUACUUCCCAUAAAAGGAUCCACACAGGGGAGAAGCCAUAUAAGUGCAUGGAGUGUGGAAAGACCUUUAUUACUAGCAGUCAUCUUAAUUCUCAUAAUAGGAUUCACACAGGGGAGAAACCAUAUAAAUGCAUGGACUGCGGAAAGACUUUUACUCAAAAUGGUAAACUUACUUCCCAUAAAAGGAUCCACACAGGGGAGAAGCCAUAUAAAUGCUUGGAGUGUGGAAAGAGCUUCAGUCAUAGUUAUUCCCUUACUUCCCAUAAAAGGAUCCACACAGGGGACAAACCAUAUAAAUGCAUGGACUGCGGAAAGACUUUUAUUGAAAACGGUAAACUUACUUCCCAUAAAAGAAUCCACACAGGGGAGAAACCAUAUAAAUGCAUGGCAUGUGGAAAGAGCUUCAGGAUAAGCAGUCAAAUUAUUGCCCAUAAGAGGAUCCACACAGGGGAGAAGCCAUAUAAGUGCAUGGCGUGUGAAAAGAGCUUCAGGACAAGCAGUCAACUUAUUGCCCAUAAGAGGAUCCACAUAGAGGAGAAACCAUAUAAGUGUGUGGAGCAUGGAAAGAGCUUCAAGAGGAGCAAUGACCUAAUUUCCCAUACACAGAUCUGUUUGGGCAGCUGGUGAUCCUGUGCCGUUGCUUCAAAUAACGCAAAGAAAGCAGAGACAUCCUCACCGGACCUCCACUCUGGAAACGUCAACUGUGCC